GCGAGAGCACUUCCGCCUCGAGCCGGAAGCGCCGUGUCUAACAGGACAGGUCUCGGCGCGUGGGGACUUGUUGGAGAGUUUAAGUGGCUGGACCGCGGCGGCGGUGAGAGUGAACGUCUCCGGCACUUGCGUUCUGCUCGGCGAUGCUGACCCCCGCGUUCAACCUCAGCCAGGACCCGGACUUCCUGACCGUCGCCAUCCGCGUGCCCUACGCCCGGGUCUCCGAGUUCGACGUCUACUUCGAGGGGACCGACUUCAAGUUCUACGCCAAGCCGUACUUUCUCAGAUUAACCCUUCCUGGAAGAAUUGUUGAAAAUGGAAGUGAGCAAGGGUCCUAUGAUGCAGAUAAAGGAAUUUUUACCAUUCGAUUACCCAAAGAAACUCCUGGCAAGCAUUUUGAGGGGCUGAACAUGUUAACUGCUCUUCUGGCACCAAGAAAAUCCAGGACAGCAAAACCCCUUGUGGAAGAAAUAGGUGCUUCUGAGGUUUCUGAGGAAGUAGUAGAUGAUGAUGAUGAUGAUGAUGAAGAAUUUGAUUGGGAAAUUGAACAGACACCCUAUGAAGAGGUAUCAGAAAGUGCUUUAAAUCCGCAAUGCCAGUAUGGAUUUGGAAACUUACGAUCAGGAGUGGUUCAGCGGUUACAGGAUGAAUUGAGUGAUGUUAUUGAUAUUAAGGAUCCAGAUUUCACUCCUGCAGCUGAACGAAGGCAGAAACGCCUGGCUGCUGAGCUGGCCAAAUUUGAUCCUGAUCAUUAUCUAGCUGAUUUUUUUGAAGAUGAGGCAGUUGAACAGAUUUUGAAGUAUAAUCCUUGGUGGACUGACCCAUAUUCAAAAAUGAUGGCCCUUUUGGAAAAGAGUCAAGAUCAAGAAGAUCAUGCUGUGUUAGUGUCUUUUUCUGAAGAAGAGAAAUAUCAGCUACGAAAAUUUGUCAAUAAAUCUUACCUGCUGGACAAGGAAGCCCGGAGUCAGGUGUACUACGGUUUGAUCGAUAUCCUUCUGGCAUAUUGCUAUGAAACUCGUGUCACUGAAGGAGAGAGGAAUGUUGAAUCUGCAUGGAAUAUCAGAAAACUGAGUUCAACACUGUGCUGGUUUGAGACUUGGAGUAAUGUUCAUGAGAUCAUGGUAUCUUUUGGAAGAAGAGUUUUGUGCUACCCACUUUUUCGCCAUUUCAAGCUGGUGAUGAAGGCCUACAAAGACACUAUAAAGAUACUGCAACUAGGUAAAAGUGCAAUUUUAAAGUGUCUCCUGGAUAUUCACAAAAUUUUUCAGGAAAAUGACCCAGCAUACAUUCUAAAUGAUCUCUACAUCUCAGACUACUGUGUGUGGAUUCAGAAAGCCAAGUCCAAAAAGUUAGCAGCUCUUGCAGAAGCCUUAAAGGAAGUCUCCCUUACAAAAGCCCAGCUGGGAUUGGAACUGGAAGAACUGGAAGCAGCAGCACUUCUUGUCCAGGAGGAAGAAACUGCAUUAAAAGCAGCCCAUUCAGUUUCGGGGGAGCAGACACUUUGCUCCAGUUCUGAGGCAAGCGAUUCGGAGGAAUCGGACAGCACCACGUCAUCUGCAACCUCAGACUCAGACUCAGACUCGGAUUCAGAACAAGACGAGCUCAAAGAGAGUCAGUGCGAGACGGUCGAGUCUUUGCUAGGUCCCUUUCUUGAGGAAAGCAGUGCCCUGCUUAUUGAUGAUGCUGGGGUGUGCAGGAACACAGCCACCCGGAGGUCUGAUGUCAGUCAGGAGAAGCCACUCGCCUCUUCCCGAGCUCCUGGAGUGUCUGGGCCUCUGAUAGAGGAGCUUGGGGAACAACUGAAGACUACGGUUCAGAUUUCAGAACCCAAGGGCGCCACUGCUGUAAACCACAGCAAUAUGCAGGAAAGAGAGAGCCCUCAUGCACCAAGUAAUUGACUCUGUGUGGUUUUAUUCAUUGUCGAGGAUUAUGUCAGAUUUGGUUUUAGUUACUGAAUUAGAAUUCCUUAUUUUCACUUUGUACCUUUUCUUAGUACAUAUAAUCAGCUCUCCAGAUUUGUGGAUUCCU